GCUCUGCUUCUUCAUCCUCCGCCAUUCCCAUUCUUCCAUUAUUUGCUUCUUCAUCUUCCUUUCUCUCUCUAACAACUUGCAUUCACAUCUUUCAUUAUCAAUUUCCCCCAAUUCCCCAAGGAAUUUGAAGCUUACCCAAUGUCGUCUUCCGACGAUGAAGGAGGCGAGGAGUAUCUCUUCAAGAUCGUCAUCAUCGGAGACUCUGCCGUCGGCAAGUCCAAUUUGUUAUCUCGUUAUGCCAGAAACGAGUUCAAUCUCCACUCCAAAGCCACCAUCGGCGUCGAAUUUCAGACUCAGGUUAUGGAUAUCGACGGCAAAGAAGUUAAGGCUCAGAUUUGGGAUACUGCCGGCCAGGAGCGCUUCCGCGCUGUUACUUCUGCUUACUACCGCGGCGCCGUUGGUGCUCUCAUCGUUUACGAUAUCAGCCGCCGCUCCACUUUCGAUAGUGUCGGCCGAUGGCUCGACGAGCUCAAGACUCAUUCCGAUACAACUGUAGCAAUGAUGCUAGUCGGGAACAAAUGCGAUUUGGAGAACAUUAGGGAUGUAACUGUUGAGGAAGGCACGAGUCUUGCAGAAGCCGAAGGGUUGUUCUUCAUGGAGACAUCUGCUCUAGAUUCGACAAAUGUUAAAAGGGCUUUCGAGAUUGUGAUCAGAGAAAUAUACAACAACGUCAGCAGGAAGGUCCUGAAUUCAGAUACUUACAAAGCAGAAUUAUCCGUCAACCGGGUGAGCCUCGUCAACAACGGUGGAUCGAAGCAAUCAGAAGGCUACUUUUCUUGCUGUUCCAGGUGAUCUUCAUCAUCUCUUAGCUCCUCCACAAAUUUAGCCUUUUCACCAUGUUGGCUUCUUAGUUUUCUGUUUUAUUGGUGUGGUGAAUCAAAUUGGUUGUUUUUCUAUGUUUGUUUCCUUCAUAAUUUCCCCCAAAGCUCCUCAAAUGCAAUGUAAGACCAUUUCCAUAUAUAGAAAUGAAAUUAUUUCUUUGAAUUUAAUUAAGACAAGAAAAAAAACACUUUUGUAUUAAUUAUUAUUUGAACCAAAUUGUAAGAGCAAAUAUGAACAGUUUUCUUUCCCCUUUUUCUUUGUUUUAGUUUGUAAAGUUGAUUGUACCGAGA